AAUAAAUUAGUAGUAUUAUUUUGUGGAUUUCAUUAUUGUGUUCUAAAAUUAGUACUAGCCACUUAUUGUUGUCGGAUUUGUUUGGAUCAUAUUAUUAAUUUGAAGAAAUGUAGGGUCCAAAUCCAUUAUUGUCAUAGUACUUUUGUUGGCAUAUGGAUUAUGGAUAUAGUAGCAAUUUGUAUGAUUGUAGUUCCGAUCUAUUUUAGUUGUCGUUUUAACUUUUAAGGUUAUUUACACGGUGUAAUGAUGUAGUUAUUUAUAUUUUUUCUUUAAUAUUCUUAACUAUUUCUCAUCUUAUUCUUAACGAUAUAUAAUGUAAAACUUUUUUACAAAUGCAUCUCGCCAUAUCAAUAUUUGUAAAGAUAUUUCAAUAGUUAACAAAAUAUCAUCAUGGUGUAAUUUGAUUGAAUGCAUGUACGUAAAAACUUGACACUGUCGGUGCAUAGAAAUUAAUCUCCUUUUUUGCAAUAUAUAUAUACUUACAGAUAAUUUUAACAAUUUGAGUUUUGAAAACGACGAAUAAAAAAGAACAAUUUUUUAUAUAAAAAAAUUACACUUAAGAAGGGGAUUAAGAUCUAUUUUUUAACAUAAAUUUAUUGUGGACUUGAAGCUUGACAUAAAAUGAUUCUUUUGCUAGGAUUUAUGUGUAGUUUGUCCUUACUCCUUAUAUAUAUAGUGAUAGUCGGUUUGUCUUUAGUUGAGUGGUUAGGGAAGAUAGAAUUUUAGUUAUUAAUUUGAACAAUGGUUUAGAAAACCAUUUAUUUUUGGGCUGAUUAUUCAUAUAGGAAAGGUAAGGUAGAAUAAAUACACAUUUCAUGACGUGGUUUAUAUUAGUUUGAGUGAGAAAAACGAAAUAAAUUACUGGACCCGUUUGCAAACACUGUUAAAAUUACAUCAUUCUUUCCCACUAACAGUUCUAGUUCAAUUAUUUACCUCUGAUUUAUAUUUGAAAUAUCGAUUGAAUCUUUUUCUUUUUAACAAGCUAGCACUAAUCUGAUGCUGCAGUCUCUGGUUAACAUUGAUUUCAUUUGUUAAGAGUAACUAAGGUAAGAUGUCACUCUUUGUAUUGCACUAAUGAAGGUGGCAUCUCUAAUGUAGCGAUUUGGUCGAGUGACAUCUGUUAUACCGUGUAACGAGUUCUUAUGUAAGAACCUUUGGUGUUUUCCAGAGUGACUAUGAUUGUUUAUGGAAAAAACUCUUCUCUGCAAUAUCAAGUGCCAGCAUUUGAGUUGCGUGUUUGCUUGGGAGAGAACCUCAGUUCCGCUGGCAUUCGACUUUUCCACUUCUCCUUUUCCUUGCAUAUAUCCUGAUUCCGACACCUGUUUACAUCCCGAGAUGGCGGCUGCAACCUUCAAAGGAACUCCUAGUGAAUGUUUCGGGAAUAAGAAAAUGGAAAGAAAACCUUCUGGUAGAAGACGUGUAUUUGUUCAGACUGAAACCGGGUGUGUUCUGGGCAUGGAAUUAGAAAGGAGUGACAAUGCGCAUACUGUGAAGAGGAAAUUACAGGUAGCAUUCAAUGUCCCAACCGAGGAAAGUUCACUUAUAUGCGGCGACACGGUCUUGAAAAAUGAUCUAAGUGUGGUUAGAAAUGAUUCUCCACUUCUUCUCACCAGGAACUUUUUACACAGGAGUUCAUCUACUCCGUGCCUUUCACCGACUGGUAGGGAUCUUCAGCAUAAGGAUCAGAGUGGACCGAUUGAGAUUAUUGGUUGCUCGGAUAUGUUAUCUGGAACUAAAAAACUGGUUAAGGAUAUUAUGAUGGCAAUAAAAGGUGGUGUCGUACCGAUCCCUGUUCAGAGUGGAUUAGGAGGUGCAUAUUAUUUUAGAAACAUUCACGGGGAAAAUGUCGCUAUUGUGAAACCAACUGAUGAGGAACCAUAUGCACCAAACAAUCCAAAAGGCUUUGUCGGUAAAGCUCUAGGACAACCAGGAUUGAAAAGGUCGGUGAGGGUUGGAGAGACGGGUUUCAGAGAAGUUGCAGCUUACCUUCUUGAUCAUGAUCAUUUCGCUAACGUGCCUUCUACCGCACUCGUGAAGGUUACACACACUAUUUUUAAUGUUAAUGACAGGGUCAACGGUAAUAUGCAUCCUAACAAGGAGCAAAUAAGCAAGAUUGCAUCACUGCAGCAGUACAUACCUCAUGAUUUUGAUGCCAGUGAUCAUGGAACUUCUAGUUUCCCUGUUGCUUCUGUUCAUAGGAUCGGAAUUUUAGACGUACGAAUCUUAAACACGGACAGACAUGCAGGAAAUCUUCUGGUCAGGAAGCUUGAUGGGCUUGGAAGGUUUGAUCAGGUCGAGCUUUUUCCUAUCGAUCACGGUCUCUGUCUGCCUGAAAAUUUGGAAGAUCCUUAUUUUGAAUGGAUCCACUGGCCCCAGGCUUCAAUCCCUUUCUCUGAGGAUGAACUGAAGUAUAUAUCUUGCCUAGACCCAUUUCGUGAUUCAGAAAUGCUUAGAAUGGAGCUACCAAUGAUUCGAGAAGCAUGCUUGCGGGUUUUGGUUCUGUGCACUUUAUUUCUCAAGGAAGCAGCUGCCUUUGGUCUUUGUUUAGCAGAAAUCGGCGAUAUGAUGAGUAGGGAAUUUCACUGUCAUGGUGAAGAGCCUAGUGACCUUGAGUUGAUAUGUAUUGAGGCAAAGAAACUGUUCGAUCAUGAAGAUAUAUCAUCUUUCGAGACAAAAGUAGGAGACAAAGAUGUGACCCUUUUUCAGUUAGAGAGCGAGGAUGAUCAGGAUUCAGAUUUCGCCACAAACAUAGAAGAGAAGCCAACAGUCUUGGAACCUUCUCAAUUCAGAACGAAAAACGAAAACUGUAGAAUUAAGCUUUCUAAACUACAGGAGAAUGUGAUGGAGGACGAAGAGGCUGAGAGUGAAGGCGAGUUACCCUUAGGUGCAGAUGAAUAUACUAAUAUCUCAAAGCUAUCUGUGUCGGUGAAAAAUGCAACACUUGAUGAGGAAAGUUGGCCGCGCUCAGGUGUAAAGCAAAGGAGUGAUGGAACAUUGGUUGGGACUUCAUCUGGAAAUACCAGUGUGAAUGAGCUGGUUUCAAGUUCAAGUUUUGUGAAUCUGACAGAUAUGAAUGAAGAGAAGUGGAAUCAGUUUCUUGAGAAUUUUCAAAGUUUAUUGGUACCAGCUUUUGUUAAUUGCAAAGAAAGGAAUGUUGGUAAGAGGCAGAGACAGAGGCUUGGAACCUCAUGCCAGUUUUAAAGGCAUUACAUAUGAAAUAUGGUUUGAACAAAUAAAGUUUUAGAGGCUUGUGCAAUGUGUCACACCAUGGUAUACCUUGAAAUAUAUAUAGAUAUAUAGUUGAUCAAUGAAAGUGUGUAUGUUGAAUAAGUGAGGUUACAUGCCAUAAUAAAAGUGUGUAUACCAAUGUUUUUCUGGAGAUUUAAAUGAUAAAUGACAUUUCUUGUGUGGUUGGUUUGUUGA